AUGCUGCUGUACUUCUCAUUUGACAAGAAAAGUCGUGCAAUUCGACGUCUUUACUCAGUUUUGUAUGGUGACACAAGAUAUAUAACCAAUCCAGUUCAUAUUUUGAUCAAGACAAAAAAUAUCUAUAUGAAUGGUGAACAACAAAAGCAACAUCAAUCAAUAUCAAAUUCUUUAUCAACUGGUCCUACAACACAUUCAACUCAAUAUUCAUCUCAAUCACGACGUCAAUUUCAUUCACGAACAGAAACCGACGUCAACUCUCUAAGUGCUUUUUUGCUUCACAUCAAUUCUUUUUGUGGGAAUCAAUUAACAGAAUCGAAAUCAUUAAAGAGAAAUCAUGAUUCCAAGGAACACUUAUCUUCUGAUACUAAUGAAAGUAAAAACUCUACUGGAAAACAUUACUAG